CCUCGUAGCAACCCCACUGGUGACACCAGUAAGGGGAAGGUCAAUCUUUGUCAGGAACCGACCUUCAGUUGAGAACUGUGCGAGCAGAUUAUCAGAAAGAAGAUCCUUCUCGUUUACGAUGAUAGUCCCAACAACCCACAGGUUACCGUCCCUGUCAAAGGCCACGUCGUUUGGUCGGAAGGACUUUCUCGUAAAGAUACCCUUCACUGCCGUGUCGAACGUCCGGACGACCUUCCCGCGGGUGUUACACACUACAACACGCUCGUUUAAGCAAUCAGCGAUGAAGAUUUCCGAAGCUUGAGAAACGGCGACCCCGGUUGGACGACGGAAUUCGGUCUUUCUUGAUCCUCUACCGCCAAACCUCACCAUCUCCACGGCCUCCUCUUGUUCAGUGUUAUUCCUUUUGUCGUUGUUGCCGUUUUUGUUGGCCAUGUUGACUGCCAGCUGAUUUUUCGUACUUUACGAGUACAAAAUGCAUACGUAGUGUUGUACUAGUAAAACUGGUUUGACGAGACAAUGAGACAUCUGCGCAUGUCAUCUUCAAGGUCAAAGGCGAAUGUGAAAAUUAUGAAAAACAUACCAUGUUUGAAUUCUAGUUAUUGAUUAUAAUUUGUUUACAUACAUCCUGGUCUAAAUCAAUUACAAGAGACCACAUGCACACGGUAACAGAAAUACCAUUAUUUUCCGCAAGGUGGCUACUCAAAUACAGGUAUGGGGAACACUCAAAACUACGCUCACCUCUCCUCAUGCUAUCUUUUCAGACAGAACACUGACUGACAGAAAGCGAUCUCAUCCGCCUAAGGACACUAGUUGUUUCAAGUCACUUCACAAUCACCCAUAGCAGCGGAGUUGGGUCGUAAGUGCACGUAAGAGAGGAGGCGUGGCCUAUCUAACAAUGGUGCUAUUCAAUCAAGUAUGAAACUUAUGUAACAAUGAGCGCAAUGUCAUUCCAAAGUGCUCUUAAACUGUUUUUUUUUUUGUUCUUUCUUUUUUUUUAGAUGAAUAUUUCUUGUUGUUAAGAUGAAUUUACGAAAACUAGUAUUUUAGAGAUGUUUUGCUUCUGUUCAACGGUCUGACCUCAAAGGUAAAGGCCGCACGGCUUCACCUCUGUUCUGGUUUGGCAGGUUUUGUGAGCAGCCUUAAUUACCUUGAUAAGCAUUCAUGUAUGUACAAAUAGCUGUUAGGUUUAAACGUCAACAUGUUCUGGAGAAAGACAACCAAAGACGAUAAAAAGAAGGACGAGGAUGAAGAAAAGGAAGUGAAGAUGGUAAAGUUUGGAGGCAGAGGCUCGCGAAGGAACCAGUUCUGUAGCCCGACCGGAGUCGCUGUGUCAGAAACUUCGGAACUCUUCGUCGCCGAUUCUUUCAACGAGAGAAUCGUCGUAUGCAACACCCGAGGCAAAGUCGUCCGGGCUUUCAACACUGUGACGAAAGGUAAACAUUUCCGACCUCGCGACUUGUCUGUGGACAAGGACGGGAACCUGUGGGUUGUUGGGACGGUGUUCAUGGUGGAAAAGAAGGCGUACGUAUGUCAGAAUCUGCUCACACAGUUCUCAACUGAAGGUCGGUUCCUGACAAAGAUUGACCUUCCCCUUACUGGUGUCACCAGUGGGAUUGCUACGAGGGCUGACAUCGGGCAUGUACGCGUGCAGGAUCAGUCAACGGGAAAGGCCGCCUCGAAGAAGAAGAAGAAGGGUGGGGAGCCAAAAAAAGAAGAAGAAGAGAAUGAUGGAUUGGAACAGUACACGAAUGCAGUAGAGAUCGUAGUCACCGAUCAGCGCACAAGAAUGGUAGAAAGGAAAGGAUACAGCGAAAGUUGUGUGAAAGUUGUCACUCCCGACGGUACCCAAGUGAAGGUCGUGGGGCCCAGAAACACCCGAAAACCGACCGGAGUCGCAGUCAAUCAGAAAGGAGACCUGUACGUCACCGACAGUUGGCUGCACUGCGUCCAUGUUUUCAUGGAGGGUCGCGACGUUACAAAGAAGUACAAGAAGUUUGGAGGGUUCGGUAGCGGGGAUGGACAGUUGGACUCUCCGCACGGUAUCUGCUUGGACCGACAGGGUAAUGUCAUCGUGGUGGACAGGGGGAAUUGGCGGGUGAGUGUGUUCGACAGAGACGGCAAGUUUGUCCGACAUAUCAUGAACGACGUGCCGGACCUGUACUCUGUAGCGGCUGGACCGAACUUUGUGGUGGUCACUUGUGUUGGUCACUGUGGCACGGACACAGCGACUAUAAUUCCGUAUAGUAGUGAUAAGUAA